AUGGUGGCCUCCUCUGCGGCUAUACUGCGAGCUUCUGGACUCCGCCGAUGGGGUCAGCUGCCAGGCUCUCCAAAGCUAUGGUCUGGUGGCCGGGUCUCGUGGGCACCUGCCCGGAGGACAGCGACCUGGCACCUGGAGCCAGCGGGCCGCUGCGGCUGGGACGAGCCCGUGCACAUCGCGGUGCGCGGCCUCGCGCCGGGACAGCCCGUCACGCUGCGCGCGUCCCUGCGCGACGAGAAGGGCGCGCUCUUCCGGGCCCGCGCGCGGUACCAAGCGGACGCCGGCGGCCUCCUGGACCUGGCGCGCGCGCCCGCGCUGGGCGGCAGCUUCACGGGGCUCGAGCCCAUGGGGCUGCUCUGGGCCCUGGAGCCCGAGAAGCCCUUGGUGCGGCUGGUGAAGCGGGACGUGCAGACGCCCUUCGCGGUGGAGCUGGAGGUGCUCGAGGGCCACGAGCCCGACGCCGGGCGGCUCCUGGGCCGGGCGGUGCUGGAGCGCGACUUCCAGCGGCCGGGGAUGCGGCGGGUGCCGGUGCGCGCGGGCCGGGUGCGCGGCACACUCUUCCUGCCGCCUGAACCUGGGCCCUUCCCUGGGAUUGUGGACAUUUUUGGAGUUGGAGGUGGCCUUCCGGAAUAUCGAGCUUGUCUGCUGGCUGGCAAGGGUUUUGCUGUGAUGGCUCUGGCUUAUUAUAACUAUGAAGACCUCCCCCAGGGCAUAGAGACCCUCCACCUGGAGUACUUUGAAGAAGCUGUGAACUACCUGCUGGAUCAUCCUGAGGUAAAGGGUCCGGGAGUUGGGCUGCUUGGGAGUUCCAAAGGAGGUGAUCUCUGCCUCUCCAUGGCCUCGUUCCUGAAAGGCAUCACCGCCGCCGUCAUAAUCAAUGGCUCUGUGGCCAAUGUGGGGGGAGCCUUACACUACAAGGAUGAAACUUUGCCUCCUGUGGGCUUCGAGCAAAGUCGCAUCAAGCUGACCAGAGACGGCUUGGCAGACAUUCUGGAUGUGCUGAACAGCCCUUUGGAGGGACCUGACCAGAAGAGUUUCAUUCCUGUGGAAAGGGCUGAGAAUGCCUUCCUGUUCCUAGUAGGUCUGGAUGACCACAACUGGAAGAGUGAAUUCUAUGCUAAUGAGGCCUCUAAGCGCUUACAGGCCCAUGGUAAGGAAAAGCCGCAGAUCAUCUGUUACCCUGGGGCAGGGCACUAUAUUGAGCCUCCUUACUUCCCCUUGUGCCAGGCUUCCCUACACACCUUGGUGGGUGGUCCUGUCAUCUGGGGAGGGGAGCCCAGGGCUCAUGCCAUGGCCCAGGUGGAUGCUUGGAAGCAGCUCCAGACUUUCUUCCACAAACACUUGGGUGGGGGAAAGUUAGGCAGACUCUCUUGAAAACAUAACCCAGUAUUUGAAGGUUGUGAGUGUGAGACCAAUAUAUGCUAAAAAGUAUCCGUCAAAGUCAGUUCAUCUGAGGUAUUAUGCUAACGCUUUUGGGUUUUUAUUCCGUUCUCUUUAAAUAACAUUACUGUUAAAAAUAGUCUCUGUGGGGAAUAAGUUUAGGAAUUCCCUGAGCUUGCACCAAUGGGUUAACAAGGUUUAGGAUGAAAGUAUCCAAGAAAAGGUAAACAGGGCGAAAGCGCCUCCAGCAUAGUACAAAAGCAGAAGAAUGGGAAGCCACAGAAUGAAAGCAUCCAAGAUUAGGUCAACAGGGAAAAGCGCUCCCAGCAUAGUACAAAGGCAGAAAGCUGCUUUCACAGGAAGGAAUGUCCAGAAUAGGUCAACAGGGCUAUAGACAGCAGCAGGGUGAAGCUGCCCAGAGUGGAGCUAAUUAGCCAAAGAAAGGUGUCUUGUUGACCCUGAGGUAGCCUGCUGUAUCUGUCUUCUCCCUUAGGCAAGUUAAGAUAAGCAGACACAGCGCCUCAUGCCUGUGUAAACAACCAUCUGCUCAGCAGAAAAGAUUUUGUUUUGUAUUGACCCAAACGCUUAACACUACAUAUCUUUGAAACCCCCUUUCUCUCACACAUAUGAGUUAAUGUUCAUGGUUUCAUGGUCUCUUUCUGCAUGUUCAUCACAUUUGUAAGCGUUCUGAUCCUAAUAAAAACAGAGCAAAGAUCUUUA